AUGAAAUCUUCAACAAUAAAUGCAAAUAAUAAACAAGAAAAUGAUAAUCAAAUAAUAACACCUCAAAAAAAGUCAUCGUCGGCUAAAAAGAUAUUUACACCAAAUAUACCAAAACAAAGAACAAAGAAUAAUAUUAAUAAUGAUUUAUUAACAGAAAUGGUUUUAAAUCCAACAAAAUUUGAAAUUUCUUCAAGAAAUGAUAAUGAUAAUAUAAAUGGUAACAAUAAUAAUAAUAAUAAUAAUAAUAAUAAUAAUAAUAAUAAUAAUAAUAAUAAUAAUAAUAGUCGUAAAGAUAAAGAAGAUGAAGAAAGACAACAAAAAAUUCAAAAAGAAAUACAACAACUUCAACAACAGCAACAACAACAAAAUAUAAAUAAAGCAAAUAAACCAGUAAUUUUAAAGAUUAAAAGAAAGAUAGAUGAUGAUGCACUACCAUCAAUAUUUAUUGAAAGACCAAGAAAAAAAGCAUUUUUAGAUUCAUUUAAAGAUUUUGGAAUUCAAAAUAAUGAUGAUGAUAAUGAUAAUCAUAAAUUACCAAAUGAUAUAGAAACUUCAAAAGAAAAUAACAAUAACAACAACAACAACAACAACAACAACAACAACAACAACAACAACAACAAGAAUAACAACAACAACAACAAUAAUAAUAAUGAUAAUAGUAAUAAUAAUGAUAAAAUAACAACACCAAACAAAUCAAAUUUACCAGAAAAGGAUAGAAAAUUAUUUACAUUGAUUACAACACUCGAUGUACCAUCAAAUGGCACUAAUGUAUUAUUAACUAAACUUCAACAAAGAAUUGAAGAGUUUAAUCAAAAAGGUGUUAUAUCUUCACCAAAACAAUUAGAAUCCAAAAGAGAAAAAGCAAUUAAAAAAAGAAAAGAAUCAAGAUAUAAACAAAUUAAUACAAAUAGAAAUUUAUUUAGUAAAGAAGAAAGAAAAUUAUUUCAAGAUCAUGAUGUUAUUGAAUUGGAAAGAACUAUAUUGGAUCCAAAUAAUUUAUUAGGUUCAACACUAUCAAAGGAAGAGGAGGAAUUAAUUUCAAAUUAUAGAACAUUAUUGGACGAACAUUUGGGUGGUCCUAACGAUAGUAGUAGUAAACCAAUGGAAACCAAAUAUGUUUAUGAUUAUUAUUAUUUUAAUCCAUCAAUUGAUCAACAAUCACAAUUGUUAAGAUUAAAUGAAGAGCAUUCAGAUUUAAUUGAAACUGUAACCUUGCCACCUGAAGAUGAUUUUUAUGACAUUUUAGAUGGUGGUUUAUCAGAUGACUUUAGUGUAGAUUCAGAAAAUUGGUAUAGGGAAUAUCCAUCAAGCGAAGAUGAUGAUGAAGGUUAUGACGAUUUCGAUGAUUAUCAUGGUUUCAAUAGAAGUAAUAGAAAAUCAAAAAGCGGUGAUGAAUAUGAUCAUGAUGAAUAUGAAAUCGAUGACGAUUAUUAUGAUGAAAAUGAUUAUGAUAAUGAAAUUUAA